UCAGGGAUGUUAUAUACAUAACAUUCUUCCACCACAAUAACUUUAAAAGCACUGUAGAAUGUAAACCUUACACUUUCUUCCUUUUCAGCCAGUUAUGGAGAUGGUAAAGGAUAUCCUGUCUAUUGCCUAUGAGAUCUACUCACUAGUUGAGAAUGUGAAGGCCAAUAAGAAGCGCUGCCAUCGGGUUUCUGAGCGGGUCAAAGCCCUAGAGGGGCUGGUGACAUCCAUCUCACAAAGAGAAGCAGUCCAGCCCUGUGGUGAGGUAGAGAAAGCCCUGACAGGACUUUCCAUCACGCUCAAAUCAGCUCAGAAGCUCAUUAAGAAAUACAUAGCAGCAAACUUGGUGAAGCGUAUCCUGAAGUCUGGCAGUCAUGGAGACGAGUUCAACAGCGUGAACGACCGCCUGAACGACGCCUUUCAGAGUAUGGCGUUAGCUCUACAGUUAGAGAACGGGAACGCAGUGUUUAAGGUGUUUGAGCAGAACUCCAGACUGAAAGAAGAUGAGGUGGACAGGAAGGAGGAUGACGCUGACCUGAAGAGAAUGCUUUUAGAAUAUGCAGAAUAUGUGGAGGCAAUGCAACGAGAUCUUGAAGCUAUCAAAACCAGUGUAAAUAAAAUUGUGGAAAUGUUGGAUAAACCCAGCAUCAUCAGUGUGGACAUCCGACUGAUUGAACCAAAGGAUUUAAAGUAUGACCCAGAAUCUUGCAUCAUGGAAACACCAAGCUCAAAGGUCUACAAAGGACAGUUUGGUGGAUUCACAGUGGCCAUCAAGCAAUACCUUGAUCCACUGAACACCAGCCCAGGGGAGAUAAAAUCUAUUUUUGAUAAGGAAGUUGAUACCAUGAAACAGUUUGAGUCUCCAAAUAUCCUGCGAAUGUUUGGCAUCUGUAUCCUGGAUGAGGACAAACAUAAACCCCAGUACCUCAUCAUCAUGGAGUACUGUGAAAAAGGAAGUCUGCGAGAUGUUCUGAGCUCUAAAACUGAGCUGUCUUGGGCCAGGAAAGCUUGCAUGUGCCUGGAUGCAGCACAGGGACUUUAUCGGCUGCACCUGACUGAGGAGAAAAGUAAAGUUCAUGGAAGCAUCACCAGCAGCAAGUUCCUUGUAGAUGAAAACUUCAGAGUCAAGCUGGGGGGGUUUGAACUGGCAAAAACGGAGACCUCACUGAGAAGAAUGACGAAGGAAAAAGACAAAGACAUCGAGUCGUUGUGCUACUUUUCUCCUCAGAUGCUUAACGACAUCAACCACCGCUACAACAAAGAAUGUGAAAUGUACAGCUUUGGAAUUGUCCUGUGGGAAAUAGCAACACGUAAGAAGCCUUUUGAAGGCUGUACAGAUAAUGACCUUCUUAAGAAAGUGUGUAUGGAGAAAUAUCAAGAGCCCCUUCUGCCUGACUGCCCUGAAGCCCUGGGGCAGCUGAUCAGCACCUGCAGGGCCUUCGACAGUGCCCAAAGACCAACAGCUGGAGUGUUGGUGGAUGAACUUCGCAGUGUGGUGGUGCAGUUAGAGCAGCAGUGAAACUUCUGCUUUUCUGCUGGUUGGAAUUGUCUUCAGAGAAAAAUCCUUACGUUUGUUGUGGCAUUAAACAUCAUUCUUUUCUCACUCUCAGGACUAAAAGGAAAACAACUUCUGUUUAUGGUGGAUAAAAACAAUAAUGCCAGUAACCAAAUGUUUGACACAAUAAUCUUUUUCUUCUCACAGGAGAAGCAGUUUUUGUCUUUGCAAUAUGGAAUUUUAGGAAGAUUACAGCGGUAACACAUGAGCAUUUACCUUUUAUAUAAAAUGUUUUAUAUUAUAUGUUUAAGACAAAAAAGAGCUUUAUCAAACUUGGACAUGUUGAGGAGCACACUCUGACCUGUCUUCUCAUGUAUGACUAAAGUGGGUGUGACCAAUGAGCAAAAAGAAAUACUUUUUUUUUCAUUAAAACAAAAAAAAAAUCUCUAGAAAACAGAUGUUUGUCUUACUAAGCUACAUUUUUUUUCCUUUUGAUUGUACAAAAUACUUUUGAGGAUGAUGCUCCUGAUG